UCUUCACGCCCUUCAUCAUCAGCACCUCCUCACUCAUUCUCACUCGCCUCACCUCCCCUUCUUCCUCAACAACCACCACCACCUCCUCAACCAUCAACAUCACUCUACAAUCCUACAAAACUUCAUCCAAACACCCCUGCUCUCCUCCCAAUAACACAACAUGACCUCCAACUAUUCACACGAUCUCGAAACUGGCUACGAAAGAACGUCGACCGUGCAUCACUCCCUCCACCUACCCCUGUCUCACUCCCACCCCUAGCCUCACCAGGUGACGACGUCUCUGUCGUUGCCGGUCACUACAAUGCACGCCCUGAAGUUGGGCGUACCGCAAGACGCGAGUCGCCCAUCAUCGCACUGAAAAACUUCAACAACUGGGUCAAGUCUGCUCUCAUACAAAAAUAUGGCCGCAGCGGUGGACGCGGUUCACGCAUUCGUGUGCUCGAUAUUGGCUGCGGCAAGGGUGGUGAUCUACAGAAAUGGUCGAAGAACGGCGUCAGCGAAUAUGUCGGCCUGGAUAUCGCGGAGGUGUCUGUGAGACAGGCAGAAGAGAGAUACUUGGACAUGAGGCAGAGGAGGAUGACAGCGUACUUCCAGGCGAUGGACUGUUACAGAAAAUCAAUACGCGACCUCCUCCCGCAGGACAUCUUCUCCACCCCCUUUCAGACGGUGACAAUGCAAUUCUGCAUGCAUUACGCUUUCUACGCCGAACAAUCCGUCCGACAAAUGCUCGAGAACGUGUCUACCAAUCUCGCAACGGGGGGAACAUUCAUCGGCACAAUCCCCAACGCAGAACACAUCCUUGCCAAUCUGGCGUCUUCGGGCGAACUGUCAUUCGGAAACCCCGCAUUCAGGAUAACGUUUGAGGAGCGCCCGCCUACACCCCCAGCCCCGAGCGACCCGGAUCAAUCAUCCGCAUUCGGGCAUAAAUAUAGCUUCUUCCUACAGGACGCGGUCGGGGGGGAGGACGGGGGUGUGCCAGAGUACCUCGUCCAUUGGCCCAACUUUGCUCGGCUCGCUGGGGAGUACGGACUUGUGGAAGAGUAUAGAAAGGAUUUUGCUGAUCUCCUAAACGAGGAACAGGACCAUGAGGUGUUCGGGCCGCUUUUGCGACGCAUGAAAGUCGUGGAUGCGGAUGGCUUGAGUGAUAUGGACGAAGAACAGUGGGAGGCUGCUAGCAUUUAUAUGGCAUUUGCCUUUCGAAAA